AUGCGGAUUCGUGGACAGUCGCCCAAAUUAGGAGCCUUGUGUCGAUGGGUUCGAGAUUUGGAUGUCGUCAGCGGGCUGGCGGAGCAACUCAGUGACAUCGGUUCCAAGCGUACUUCAAGAGAAACUGAAUCUCUGAAGGUCCUUGAUGCUAUCCUCAGAGUCGUUGGGCCCGUCGACCACACCGCAUCAUCCUUGAGCAUUUCUGGUCAACCUCUGGCUCCUCAGAAGGCGUGGGAUCUUCGAGACAUGGCUACGAGAAUGCCAACCUACUCUCGAGUUCUGGACCGCACAAUCUUCCCGCCGUCCCCGGAGGCCAUAAAAUCUCAAUUUCGUGCUAUUGAGACCACUCCUGGAAUCAAUCGAAAACCGCCUAACCACCAUCCAGCCAUACUUUACACGUCCUCGCCUGACGCAAUUCCACUCGCGAUGAAUGGACCCAAUACGACCCAUCACAGGCACCCAGUUGUGCCCAAUCUUCAUCUCCUCAAAGACGCAUUGACCCCCGAAGAAUGCACCAAGAUUAUCGCUGCGGCAGAACUGGUUGGGUUCACCCCCGACGCGCCAAUACGCGCCCCUGGGGAAGAAAUCAGUAUCCUAGCGCACAAUUUUUACUGGGUGGUAGACACUAGCUUUUGUGCUCGUUUGUGGGAUAGGGUCGAAAGGUUUGUCCCGGAAAGAGUCAAUGGCAAAAAGGUUCGUGGCUUGAACAGACGUUUUAGAGUCUAUCGAUACGUGCCUGGUGCCGAGUAUCGGGCUCAUAUUGAUGGGGCAUGGCCCCCUUCCUCCGUCGAUGCCAACGACAAAUACGUGUAUGACGCUUCGCCGCCCGAACAACGGCAAACGUCACUUUUCACAUUCCUGAUUUAUCUCAAUGAUGAAUUCGAGGCUGGCGAGACAACAUUUUUCCUUCCUAGCUCGCAGGAGGGAACCUUAAAUGCGUAUCCCGUCAAGCCCUUACAAGGCAGCGUGGCUAUGUUUCCUCACGGCGAAACCGAGGGCAGUCUUCUUCACGAAGGUACGGGAGUUCAUCAAACAUCACAGCCGUCCGCAAAAUACGUCAUCCGCACAGAUGUAUUAUACGAUACAACAGCAAGCGACUAA